AUGGUGUCAAGGAUAGUGGAGAAAAACAAAAUGUUGGUAAGGAUUCAAAACAAUGAAGGGCUAACUCCCCUUCAUUGCGCUGCAGCAAAAGUCAAUAAACUAAGGCUCUUGGAGAUCCUUGUAAAAAAUGACUACAACGACGAAUCAUCAGCGUCAUAUAUUCAAGAUCAUAUGGGUCGAACCGCCCUUCAUAUCGCAAUGCUCCAAAGCAAUUGGGGCGCAAUCGAAAAGCUCAUUUCUUUGCGUCCCGAUUGCAUAGAGAUAGUUGAUAAAAAUGGGCAAAAUGUGUUACAUUAUGCUGCAAAAUUUACUUGUCUAACAAAGCUUUAUAGGCUUAUUGGAUUAGGGCAUAUUGACAAGCUUACAAAUGAAAAGGAUAAAGAUGGAAAUACACCUUUCCAUCUUCUUACAUUAUCAAUGCCUAAAACACCUGAUUAUAAUAUGCAUGAUUGUUUAUACUAUCUAUACACUUUUGUGAAGCUUAUUCCAUUUAUGGAUGUUAAGGUAUUUAACAAUGAGAAGGAAACUGUUGGUGAUAUCAUUUAUUCUUUUGGUAAUGAUAUGUGUCCACAAAAGUUUGUCCCAGGAAGAUAUAAGCAAGUCGAAAGAGGAGGAAGAAUUCACAAAUUCGAAAGAGAUUUAGAAGUCGGGAAAGAAAAUUCACACGAUGGUAUCGAAGAAUUCGAUAUGGUAUCACUAAAAAAGACAGCUGAAAGUCGUCUAGUAGUCGCAGCACUAAUCGCAACCGUAUCUUUCACUGCUGGUUUUACCCUUCCGGGUGGAUUCGACCAAUCAAUAGGCCAAAAUAUGGGAAUGGCAGUCCUUAAAAAUAAGCGUAGUUUCAAAGUAUUCUUAACAUCAGAUGCUAUAGCCUUUUCUACCUCUACACUAGCUAUACUCUUUUACUUUGUGCUUGUAUCAGCUAAGUCUAAGUGGACUAUUCAGAAUUUCUCAAUUAUGGCCCUUAUUUGCAACACCAUUUCUUUUGGCGCAUUGAUGAUUGCAUUCAUCGCCGGUGUGUGGGUCCCGCUAUCGAAAUCUUACCGGCUCAUCUUUGCCAUCAUUUCCAUCUCUAUGCGGAAAACAUACGAAGACCAAGGCUUUGUUAUUGGCAUUCUUGGUAUAGAUAUCGUACUCUGUGAAAGGUUGUCGUUAGGAUGGGAUCUGACCUGA